AUGAAUUCAGCAAGUGUUUUACAAUGGUUAAAAUCCUUCGUUCAAGAUGAAAAUAUUAUUAAAUCUUUUGAAGGUCCAAUAUCACCUACACCUUGUAUUAAAAUGUUGGAUGAUAAAUACGAGCUCUAUCUUGAUUACGAGCUUAUUGUACAAACAACAUCUGCUCAAAGAGGCAAUUUCAAUUCUAAUUGGUUUAUAUAA